AAAAGGCAUCUAUGUAAGACAGACAAGUAUCACUUAAGUUUCAUUCUUCAUGUGCUGUUGAUUCAACGCCACACUCUUUUCCACUUUGGACGAUCAACGAUAUCAAUAUGGGCGCAGUGAUUUCGUUCUUUUAUCCUCCUGCUCCUGCUCCUGCUCCCAAACCAGAUCUCAUACCAGCUUGGAGAACGUUGGAUUGGGGCAAGAAAAAGGAUGAGCUGCAGUGGCUGGAGUCAUUCCGCCCUCAAAGUGACAAUGUCAAGCAUCUUAGAGUCCUUCUGUGUGGCCCUGCUGGAAGUGGAAAAUCCAGUUUCAUCAAUUCUGUUGACAGUAUUUGUCAAAACAGGAUAACCGGUCCUGCAGAUGCCAAUAACGCACUAGAAGCUGACCCAGAACUGGCUAAAAUCGCUGGACAGUCUUUCACACGCAAAUACAAAACACAUCGAAUCCAAAAAGGGACGCCAGGACAAUAUUACCCGUUUGUCUUCAACGACGUCAUGGGCUUGGAACCGACCAAUGGAAUCUUACUGGGGGACCUUACACUGGCCAUGAAGGGACGUGUGAAAGAUAAUUACAAGUUCGAUCCUAAGACACCUUUGGAUGACUCAAACGAUUGCUACAUCAACAACCCAACUUCAAAUGACAAAGCACACAUCUUGGUCUUUGUUCUUGCUGUCGACUUCAAUCAAGUGGCAGACGAACAGAUGUUUAAGAAAAUUACUGAGAUCAGACUUGCAGCCAGAGACCUUGAUAUUCCACAAAUAGCCAUUCUAACGAAAAUCGAUGAGAAAUCUUGCGAUCUCGUGAAAAAAGACCUUAAAAAUGUCUACAGCAGCACGAACAUCAAGAAUGCGAUGGAGGGGCUCAGUAAUACUGUGGGAUUCCCACUGAGAUGCAUCUUUCCCCUGAAGAACUACCAUGGAGAAAUCGAAUUGAAUGAUGAAAUGGAUAUGCUGAUUCUAACCGCACUGAGACAGAUCCUUUCUUUUGCAAAUGACCGUGUAAAUGCUACUGAUGUUGCAGCUGCUGACCAAACAGCCAACACUGUCAAUAUAACCUAAUAAGUUGAAAGGGACAAUUUUAAAAAAGAUGCUGCUUUGGCUCGCUUUUUCUCCCACUGAUGUGAUCUGAUUGAUUUGAAUUCAAAAUGUCUAAAGCGUUAAAAAAUCUCCUGGACCAAUUGCCUUAAUACAAAUAAGUAUGUGACACAAAUACAUUGAAUUGUAAUGCAAAGUUAACCGACACAGUAGGCCUACAUCUUUGAAUUUUGUAAAGAUUUAACAGUCCAAGUAAAUAUCAUAUGUUAAUUCAUUAUAAUACUGUUAUACUACAGUAUAAGUACCUGAGAGGCAUUAACCCUCUUAUACGUUGCAAUCGACAUCCACCACUGGCCAGGCAGAGCUCCCCACAUCCACUAACACCACGCCACGCCCAUUCGUCGUAACUUCAUAGAGAAUGUAUUUGACAAUGGCAAAGGAAUACCUACUCGGUUCAGAGCAGAGUUUACAAACUGUUAAAUUAUGAAUUACAUACAUGAAGGCAGACGCAAGUAAAAUAUGCAGCAAACAAUUGCUGACGUGGGGGAAAAAAACAGGGCAGCUUAUUGUCUUCUCAGUUAAAAGUGUGACGGACUCAAAAGAACAUUCUGAAGACUUGUCACGUCGCCGAGAGACUGUUGACCUUGAGGCGACACUCCCACAAGAGAAAGCAAGGAAGGUCCUUAAGGUACGAACACACCAAACGCGUACCCCGCGUAUAGACACGUAUAAAAUCGGCAAUUUUUCCAUAGGGAACCAUUGGUUUACUCGCGUAUGAGCUGCGUACAUGCGCUAAAGCAUCAUUUUACCCGCGUUAGCGGCGUAUGAGCUGCGUAUAUAUACGCGCGUACGCGAGGAGUUCAAAAAAUUGAACUUUCAACGCUCAUACGCGUGAUGCUUAGCCGCGAUAGCCAAUCAGCGUGGAGCUUGACCCGACGUCACUGGCAGAGUAGUGACGCUUGCACAGAAGCAUACGGCCGACAUCUUUCUUUAUUCUGGGUGGAAAUAGUAACAUAGUUACGCCAUUAAAUGCGUUUAUGGAAACACUUUAGCGAGAAAUAAGCAUUUUACUUUCAUAAUGUUCGCUCUGUGAAUGUGAAGGAUGUUUGGUUUGAUAGUUAUGACGAAGAGUGAACGCUCCGUUCACUUGCAUGGACAGAGUCUCUGGUUGCUAAGCAACCUCAACGUCUUGGCGGACUAUUUCUCUGCUGAUCAACACUACGAAUGCUGGAAACACACCAGACACACCAUGUGAAGUUAUUUAACCCGAUUAUUGUUAUUUAUAUCCGAGAUUAUUUAAUCUAACCCGAUCCAAGCUCUAUCAUGCACCCAAACACGGCAGCGUUUGGGUUUCCUUCCUCGGACUCCUAAAUCCAGCGCAGCCACAGGCGCGUAGCUGCGUACGUAGGACAAUUUUUGACACAAAAUGCUCAAGCAACAUUUUAGCUGCGUUACGCGCGUUAAUCUUACGCGGGUACGCGUUUGGUGUGUUCGUACCUUUAGAUAGUGAAAGUGAAACCGCACACAGAUUUAUAAGAAACAUAACGUCACCCUCUUAAAGUAAUGGCCUAAGUCACCUUUUUGCCAAAAUGAUUUUCUUGCCUUUUCUUGCCUUUCUUGCCAGCUCUUUGUGAUGCUAGCCACCUCUGGUAAAAUCCCCAACAUCCUCAGUUGAACAGAUCAUGUGAUCCUACCCGUUUAGUGUAAUGGCCUAUGUCAAGAGUGUGAAUUAGGCCAAUUUAUUUUGCCUAAGUCACUAGACAAGAGUGACUUAGGCAAUUUUAUGAGCGUUUCAAGAUGGCGGCCACUUCCAAAAAAAAGAAAGUCUACCAAGCUAGUGAAGUUAUUGCCAUGAUGCAGGACUCGUUCCAUACUGGUAAGUGAUAAGGUUUACUAUAAUAAAGGCUAGGCUAUGAAUGUUGCAUGGUUAUUAAGUCUUUUUAGUUAGCAUUUGAGUCAGCAUUUUAGUAAACAGUAGGCCUAAGUUUAAAAAAAAAAAAAAAAAAACGAGUUUACUUUAAUGCUAAGUUGAUGCUUAUAAAGCAUUAAUUAAACAUUGAAUAAUGCUUAUCAAGCAUUAAAUAACCAUUAAUUAAUGCACCCUUAUUGUAAAGUGUUACCUAAAAUAUAAUACAAAACCACACACCAUCUCUUCUUUGGUAGGAGAUGAACUUGAUUCUUCUGACACUGAUCAGGCCCCAUCCAAUGAAUAUGAAAAUGAGACCGUCGUUGAGAUGGUGGAAAAUGCCAGGCCAAGACUCCUUUUCAGACUCCUUUUCCCUUUUCACUCCCAUUGAUGAUGCUGAAGAUGUCGAGCAGACACGUCCACAUCUUGAAGAAGACUCAUCUGCUGAUGAUGAUAUUGGCGAUCCAGACUAUAAACCAUCCUGUAAUGAGUCCUCUGCCCCUGAAAAUGAAAACAGCCUAAACAAUACUGUCCAAAGGAAACGAAAUAAACGCCUCAGUCCAGGAACAUGGAAGCAAAAUGAAUCCAAGGAGAAACGUCUCAAAGGAAUGCCAUACAACCUCAAAGGUGGCAAAGAAUGAAGUGCAAAGGCUAUGGGUCCUCCCUGUAACUCGAAGUUCUGUCAAAAAAUCCCAACUCGAGGCUGCCAAUCCAUUACAGAAGAGCAGCGGCAGUGGAUAUUUCAGAAAGUUUGGUCAAUGAACACCUGGAAAGAACGUCAGUUAUACAUCACUGCUUUGGUCACAAAGGUUGACAUAAAGCAAAGGAAAGUUGCUGAGGGAUCCCGACGCAGUAUAUCAUUUUCCUACCAACUGAAACUUCAGGAUGGAAGCAGUUGUAAGGUGUGCAAGUCACUCUUUUGCUCUACAAUUGGUGUCCCUGAAAGAACCAUUACACACUGGCUGAACGAAGACACCGACCACGACGAUCAAGCAGCAGCCCCGCCAUCUAAAUACGGACCUAAGAGUGGUAAGCAUGCAAAGCUGGAAACUUGUGUCACAGAUUUCCUUAAGGACUGGUUGAAGGACCUGCCCACUGUUGAUUCACACUACCGCAGAAGCACAGCAACCUACAAAAACAAGAGGUUCCUUCACCCAGGCACAACCAUCUCCCAACUACAUAGGGAAUAUGAACAGGCGGCUGCAACUGUUGAAGUGAGGGCAGUUGGGAUACGACAUUUCACAGAUGUGUUCCAUGAAGAAAACUAUUCCGUAUUCAUCCCGCGAAAAGAUCAGUGUGAUGUUUGUGUUUCAUUCAAGCAUGGGAAUAUCAGUAAGGUUGAGUAUGAUGCACAUGUUGCCAAGAAAGAUGAAGCGAGGCAAGAGAAAUCCCGCGACAAGGAUUCUGCAAACAAUGAGAAGUCCGUUUGGACAAUGGACUUGCAAGCCGUGCUGCUGUCUCCAAGAACCCAAGCCAGCAGCAUGUAUUACAAAACGAAACUGCAGAUCCAUAACUUUACCCUCUUUAACUUGGAAUCAAAGGAAGGCUACUGCUAUACUUGGGACGAAUCAGAGGGUGGCCUGAAAAGCGAGGUUUUCGCACAUCUACAAUAUCGCCAUUUUGAAGGUGUGAUCAAAGACCAUCCAGAAAUCAAGGAGAUAAUAGUGUGGAGUGAUGGCUGUGAUUAUCAGAACAGAAAUGCAACUGUGGCAAAUGCAUACUCUGAGCUUGCCAGGAAACACGGGGUACUAAUAACACAGAAGUACCUUGUUGCAGGGCACACACAAAUGGAGUGUGACAGCAUGCAUAGUACCAUUGAACGCAAAAUGGUUGUGGAUAUCUUCACCCACAGAGACUAUGUAAUCAUACUCCAGACUGCAAGAAUCAGACCAUCACCCUACCAUGUGAAGGUGCUCAAGCAUGAUGAAUUCCUGAGUAUGAAUGAUUCUUACUUCUUGAGCAUCAGACCAGGCAAGAAAGCUGGAGAUCCGACUGUGCAUGAUUUGCGGGCUCUUCAGUUUAGCAGCGAUGGCAAGGUCCAUUUCAAGCUAUCCUUUUCAGAGAACACUGCAUGGGAAGCACUGCCACAGAGGAUACAGGUGCGAAAAGAGCCGAUGGCAUGGAUAAGAGUAUUUCCAUGUGCUCUGCCAAUCAAGGAGAGAAAAUUCCAGGACCUUCAGUCAAUGAAACAUGUCAUGCCGAUCGAGUGUCAUCCCUUCUUCGACAACUUGCCUCAUCAAUAGGCAUCAGUCAAAAUAAGUGAGAAUAACCCAGCUCAGAUAAGCUGGAGGGAGAAGUGAGGAGAUGCACAUGCCUCCUCAGCGUUUUGUUAAGUUAUUAACGUUAAGUUAUAUUAUUAUUAUAUUAUUAUUAUUAUAUUAUUAUAUUUAGUUGUUAAGUUGUGCUUUAUUGUGCACAGAGUUGAAAAAUCAUUUGAUAUUAUCACAGAGGAAAGUUUUCCUGCCAUUUGUUUGGUUUAGCUAAGAGUUAUUACAGUUGUGACGUUUGAGUUUGCUUUACUGAAUUAAAGUGCCAUUCACAGCCAAACUUCCCUCUGUCUCCUCUGAGUCUAUGUGUGCUCCACUAGCAUAUUCAAAUGUUUGUGGCAUAGGCCUACCCUUCCUCAUGGUCUGUUACAGUAGUGGGAAAAAAAAGAAAUGCACUGUUUUGCCUCACUUAUUCCAGAAUUAAUUCGGCCCAAGUCAGGUUCAAAAUUUAGUAAAUCACAAAGGCAUGUUCAUAAAUUGGCCUAAGUCAUCUUAUCCUCUUAUGUUACACAAUUG